UUUAUCAUAUUUUAUGAAAAAAGCUGCAACAGUUGAAAGCGUUGAGAAAUAGAAAAAUGUCCGAAAGCAAAGCAAAACCGGCAUCACCAAUACCGCCGGCUGCUUCUACGCAAUGUUCUAAUGGCUUAACAGAUACACGGUGCCCGGCACUCCAAGUGACGCCACGAAUGUUGCGAUCGCCGAGUCAUGAAAGUGUAACGACUGAUCUCUCUCUAUUUAGUGUCUCUUCGAUAGCAAGCGAGCUGCGAGGGGUUAAUAGACUCGUUACUUUCAAAUCGUAUACCGAUGUACAUCUUGCUGGUCGUGGCCCAUCACCGAAACCCGAUUCUCGUCAGGUUCAAAGCAACAGGCCAGCUCAUAUACCAGAAAUUCUUUGGUUCGAGGAAGAGAAUGAAUUGAUUCGUAGCUGUGGAGUACUUUCUUCGGCACUUGGUCUUCGUAAAAGCUUUAGCACGAGUGACGUAUCUCAACUGCCAAGUCCAGAUAUACUAGGCGCAAAUGGGCUGCGAUCAACUGUGUCCACUUUGGCUCUCAACACUGCCCAAAGGAACACUUUGCUUUUGGAACAUACACGACUCGACCAUGCAUCGAGGUCCUGUAGUACAUGGGUUGCUGUUGGUGAACCAAUAGCAAAUACGUCGCAACUUCCUAGUCCUCAUGGCGGAGCUACGCAAGAACAAUACCAACAACAAACAUCCAGCUGUCAAUCAACCCAACAACCUGCUACUACAUCACAUCCACCUAUACCAUUCACGGGAGCUGAUUUUGUUAGAUCCGUGAACAAGAAAGUUCGGCAAAAUUAUAUACGACGAAGAUUGUUAACAACAUAUCGUGCUUUGGAGCGGCUUUCGCAAAGCGAAUUCAAUUUAGAUCAAUUAGAAGUUGUAGCUAGUGCAGCACAAACAACUUCUGGAACUACGUUACUGGUUCCCGGGGCAGCAGAUACUGCGGGAUCUUCGCUAUUGGGACAAAAGGAACGAAAUCACGCUUUAACCAUUAAAGAGGUUGAAAGAGAACGCGGAAAUCAAUUAUCCAAAUAUGAGAGAAAUAUGAUGAUUUUUAACUGGCUACAUACUCUCGAUGAUACCGCUAUCGUUGACAGCAUAGAAUAA